CACAGAUGCGGGGAGUCGAGUCUCCCGCGUCCUGCCACCCCCGGCGGAGCUGCCGCUGAAUCGCCCGUUCUCAGCCUUAAGCACCUAUAAAGUUCACUUCAAUUUUAAAAACAAUCAUUCUUCAAAGAGCAAGAGAAGGCGUGAGCCAGCUAGGCGGCUCCGCCGGGGGAGCUGGCGCUCUGGGAGGCGGCGGCGGCGGCGGCGGUUGCGCCGCGACCGGGAGGAGUGGGUCGCUCCGGGCGGCGGGUCCGCGGCGGUCUCGGAACGAUUUGAGAGAAGAUCUAAUCACUUGGAAUUUAAGAGGGUGUAGAAACUUUUAACCUCAAAAAUGUUGGAGGAAGAUCUGGAAGUGGCCAUCAAGAUGGUGGUGGUAGGGAAUGGGGCAGUUGGAAAAUCAAGCAUGAUCCAGCGAUACUGCAAAGGCCUUUUUACAAAGGACUACAAGAAAACCAUUGGAGUUGACUUUUUGGAGCGACAAAUCCAAGUUAAUGAUGAAGAUGUCCGACUAAUGUUAUGGGAUACAGCAGGUCAAGAGGAAUUUGAUGCAAUAACAAAGGCCUACUAUCGAGGAGCCCAGGCUUGUGUGCUUGUAUUUUCUACCACAGACAGGGAAUCGUUUGAAGCAGUUGCCAAUUGGAGAGAGAAAGUAGUUGCUGAAGUAGGAGAUAUCCCAACUGUGCUUGUACAAAACAAGAUUGAUCUCUUGGAUGACUCUUGUAUAAAGAAUGAGGAAGCCGAGGCGCUGGCGAGAAAGUUGAAGUUAAGAUUCUACAGAACGUCAGUGAAAGAGGAUCUAAAUGUAAAUGAAGUUUUUAAGUAUUUGGCUGAAAAAUAUAUCCAAAAACUCAAACAACGAGUAGCUGCAGAUCCAGAGGUGCGGCGUCCCAGCGGUAAUAAAAUCGGUGUCUUUAACACAUCUGGUGGGAGUCACUCGGGUCAGAAUUCAAGUACCCUUAACGGUGGAGAUGUCAUCAGUCUUCGACCCAACAAACAGAGGACCAAGAAAAACCGAAAUCCCUUCAGUAGCUGUAGCAUACCCUAAAGCAUGUCUUGCUUAGGGUGGAGACUGAAUUCUAUUAUGCAGUUCAAUAAGAAAAGUAACAUCUAGCUGUUGAGGCAGGGGGCAAGUGGUUGCACAGACAGGAUGCUGACAGCCUUUAAUGAGCCGCUGCUCCCCGGCUUUGCACACGCAGAGGGGGGCGCUGGCGACAGUCACCCCCUGCGCGCUCAUCUCAUGGUUUGUCUUCAGACGAAGCGGCUCCUGUUUUUGAAGACGGCUAUGGGAUGUCACAACAGGCUCUUGCUGACUUUCAUAAUGCUGGGAAACAAAUGAAAUAUACUGGUACAGAUCUUAAUUUUAUAGAUCAUGGGAAGAUAUCAAGCAUUACUUUUAUGCAAUUAAUCAUGUCUUUUUUCUGGAAAAUGGUAUUGAAUUUGAAUACUUAGUAAAAAAAAAAAAAAUCUUGAAAGCUAUGCCGUAAAGCUUGCCAGACUGCUCGCAGGUGCAUUUUGGCAGUGUUACGUGUGCAAUGUCUGUAUCUGGUACUGAAGUGGAAGGUGUGUGCAGUAUUUAAGGAGACCCCGAUCCUAAUUAAUUCAGUUCUGAAACCAUUUACACAUUGUGCGCAUGUUAAAAGUUUUUCUUUUACGAGAAGUUCCAGGCAUCUAUUUUGCAAAAUGUGCUUAGGCUUUGAAAGUGUUUUGUGCCAAAAAUAUCAUGCCUGAUUUUUACAUUUGGACCACAUGCUUUUCUUUAAUUGAUAUAGUUUAUAAUCUCCUCCAAGCAGUUACGCUCGCUCACAGGGUAAAGCAGAAUACAUAAACUUUUCAGUGCUGAGGCAUCUCCCAGGUGAGUCUCCUUGCAGAAUGUGAGUGCUAGUUUCUCCCUCAGGUUUUCUGCCCACAAGGGAGCUAGCUGGCAGCGAGCUCAUCCUGUGGUGAGGUUGGCCAAGCCCCUCAGAAGCCACACAGCCCCUCUGCUGCCCCCUGCUGGGCCCUGUGAAGUGCAGUGCUGGCAGAAAACCCUGUUUCGAACUUUAAAUUCAAGCUAACAAUUUUUUUAAGUGCACAAAAGAUGGGUAGUCUUUUGUCCUGGUCCAAAGUAUGAAUUUCAGAAGGCCCCGUAACUCUAUAAGGCAUCCCUUUGUUUACACAUUUUUGUAUGAUAUUUUCAGAAUAUCACAACAUUUCCAUAACUUGGGUUUGUAUAGCACCUCAAAAGCUCUGUCAGCAACAAAUACAAAACAAUGUAGUUUAAGAAAUCAUUUUAACAUGUAAUCACGUUUCAUCGCAUACAUCUUAUCACUUGGGACAGUAGCUUUCUCAUGGAGAUUAACUGCAUGCAUGCUGUUAAAAUGGUCAUUCAUCAAUUGGCUUGUUUGUAAACAAUAAAUAACCCCUUUCAGUGUACCUGGCUUUUACAGGUUUUCAGAGUAUGUACAAACAACUUUUCCUGAACAUGUGUCAUAAAACCGUUUCUCAUUAUUUGUACCAAAUAUAUGAUGUUUUACGUAUUCCUCUUGUAGGUUCUAUCUUGUUUUGCUUUUAAGUCUUCUGUGUGCACCGUUGUCAUCCCCUGCCCAGAGAAGGCAGGGGCCAUGAGAGGAUGUGCUGAGGCAUCCUGUUAGCAGUCAGAGUCAGUGUUUGCUUCUCAUAGGGUUGAAAUGCGCUGGCGUUCCGUACGCUAAAGGAAUGUCCAGUGCUUAUUCGGUGUCUGCGGUUGUCCCCACUCCACUGCAGGCGUGGAGGUGCUGGGAAGCACUCGGUCCCUAACACUGAGUACCUACUGGUGAUACCGACUUCCUUUCCCUCUCUUGACAGACAGGCUCUUUUUAGUUUUCACACAAAAUAUAUUUUGUGGUGAAGAGUCCUGUGAUCUUUUAUUAGCCAACAAAGCCCAAGUACUAUCUCGUGGUUCUGUAUCACAUAGCAAUGAACUGUGUGGGCGUGAAUGUUACUGUUCAAUAUAAAAAAUGUAGUCCCUGAUGAUUGGUCCCAGUUGUUUGAUGGCUCCUAGCGCCGUUAUUCUAAUUUUAUGAACUUAUGUUUGCCUUUAUUUUUUAAUCAAGAACUGAAGAGACCUUUGCUACACAUUGACAUUUUAAAUUUGCACUGCUGUAUUUUAAACCUAUUCGCAAUUUGCCUUUUUAAAUAACUCAAUAGGCUAGAAAAUUGGUCAUACGUAAUACUGUUAAAUAAUUUAUUUUGAAAGCCUCAAAAUUGGCACUGAUUCCUCUGCCCCUCCCCAAGGCCCAUAGUUCUUUUAAAUAACGUCAUUGCUAUUUCCUAAUGAAACAUGGAUGCUGAAGAAAAGCCUGUCUGAGACCCACAUGAUUGUGCUUGUGUGCUCAAAUCUCCUUUCUAGCGUCACCGCUACUUGGUAGUGUGCAGACACACCAGGGGCUGGAACCAGCGCAUGGGCAAACAUCCAUGAUCUCUCAGUGCAGCGUGUUACAACUUUUCUAAGCUCCCUUGCAUAGCUGUGGAAUACUUGCCAUAUAUAUGUCAGUUUUCUCAGGUUUCAAUCUCCGCCUUUCAAAUUAAAUAGUUACAAAAUAGCCCAGUUAUGGCGUCAUUGCUAAGUAAAAUAAGGUGAAACGGUUUCUUUUUAUCUGUCCAAAGUUGAUAGCAUACCCAAGUCUUUCCAAACUGAAGUAAAACUGACACACCAGAGAGAGGAGGAAGAGCAUUCCGCCCGCGGGAGGUGGGAGGAGGCCAGAAGGAAGGCUGUUCCCAAGUUUGGGGUGCGUUGCUUAGGAAGCACGUCACUCGUAGCUGGAUGCUCCACUGUGCCUGUGACUGUUUGGGGGCUGGGAUAGUGAUCCAGCUCUGAGGAUGGAGAAUUAGCCUUAGGACCUGAUGUCCCAACUCUUAAGUGUUGUACUACUUUAAUGCAAGCUAUUGUUAUUUGCUAGAAUCCUUUUCAGAAUAUUUGAAAUGGUUACUGGUAACCUGCUGAUAUGCUUCCAUUAAUAUAUCAUUAGGAUAGCUGUAACUCUGAGAGCAAAGUGUGCAGACAGGGUGAACUCAUUCCGUUACUUGUCACACUGUGCACACAGGCAGAAUGCCAGUCUGAAGUGUCGGUUCUGAGUCUGAGUCCCGUUAGCUGAAACAGCUCAGCCUGUCGUUUGAAUAGUUUGGUAACAGAAGGUACUCCAGCCCACAGGGGACACUGAAAGAGCCCAUCACCGCGCUCCUGGGUCACUGGGUGAUUGGGCUUGCGUAGCCUUUAUCAGCUGGUGUCCCUGUCCAUCUGUCUCUUGAAAAACCUGUAAUAGGGGCAUUUGGUUGCCCUGUCCCUGCUGGUGAACAAUAAAGAAAGGUUGUGCUUUCUGGCAAAACAAAAAACAACAAAAAAAAAACCUGUAAUAGGAUGUUGGUAAAUGGUCUUUUAAAAAUAAAAAGUUUAGAUUAAAAGGAAAACUGAACCCCUCCUAUAUUUUUGUUACUUUAAAUAAAGUGUUUUGUAAAUUUGAAUGGAAUAUCACGUGUAUAUAUUGCUAUUAGAUUAAAAUUAGCCCUCAAACUUAAAAGUAUACGACUUGAAAAAUAUUCUUGAACGAUAAAUUCCAACAAUCAAAAAUAAAAAUAAGUUCAUUUCAAAGCUA